GGGCGUCAUGGUCCCGGCAGGGCCAAGCGGUCGAUUUUCCUGUGGUGGGGUCUGGGCUCGGUCCCGGAGAGUGGGAGGGCCGGUUUUGCCUCGUGCUCAGCGCCGUGUGCAAACGCACCGGGUCCUGCCCCAGAUCGAUGACCCGAACGUGAGACAACGCGGGACUGAAACGGAGCACCCAGUGAUCCAGAGCCGCAGCGGAAAGCUGGCUCCUUCCCCUCCCGCCCCAGGCUUUGUGAUUUUCCUCUAAUGCUGGAAACCCAAUCUGAAUGAACCCAUCAGAAAUGUUCUUAUAACGGUUUAUAAGAACCAAAAGCAAAAGGAGGAUGGACUCAGGCAAGUUCUGGAAGAGAUGAAAGCUUUGUAUGAACAAAACCAGUCUGAUGUGAAUGAAGUGAAAUCAGGUGGACAAAGUGAUUUGAUACCAACCAUCAAAUUUCGACACUGUUCCUUGUUAAGAAAUCGACGCUGUACUGUAGCAUACCUGUAUGAUCGACUGCUUCGGAUCAGAGCACUCAGGUGGGAGUAUGGCAGCGUCUUGCCAAAUGCUUUACGGUUUCACAUGUCUGCUGAAGAAAUGGAGUGGUUCAAUCAUUAUAAAAAGUCCCUUGCUACUUAUAUGAGGUCACUGGGAGGAGAUGGAGGUUUGGACAUCACACAAGAUAUGAAACCUCCGAAAAGCCUAUAUAUAGAAGUGCGAUGUCUAAAAGACUAUGGAGAAUUUGAAGUUGAUGAUGGUACUUCAGUCCUAUUAAAAAAAAAUAGCCAGGACCCAGCAGGAAGCUCUGAUUCACAAGAGCAAAGCUAUCCUCAUAAAGCAAGACAGGAGAAAACUGCAUCUCCAGCACCGUCUUGUGUUUGAAUUUCUUUCUCAAGCUCUGUGGCUGAUCUCCCCACCUAGUGUGCUGAGACGGUGAUUUUUCACUUUAGUGCCCAGGUGGACCUGGGGCAGUUGGAAACCAGCUGAAUCCCUCUUCCUGCUCCCCACUAAACAAUUGUCACUCUCUGUGUGGACCAUGCAGAAGCCUUUCCCUUGAGAUGCUUUUGACUUGUCUCUCAGUAUUGCCCUACCCUCAGGUGUAAAAAUGGAAAACAGUUUUAUAUGUUUUUUUACCUACUAUGUAUUUAUCUAGUAUAAUUGAUAUUAAAGGGAUUUUUAAAAUGUCUGACCACAUCUAAAACCAGUUUUCUACAGUUUUCUGUAGAACCUGGUGUAGAUCAUUUAUUAAUAGGGGAAACAUUGUUUUGC